AAUAGGGAAAUCCCCUCACAAGCAGGGAGAGUCCCUAGUCAGCAUGUCCCACAAUAAGGAGGUCCAAUGGUUCCAGUCCAAGCACACAGUGACUGCCUCACUGAAGCUGGCUACUAGUCAGGGUGAUGACGUCACAGCCAGGGUGGAGGAGGACCACUGCUCAGUGUAUAUUGGAGAAGAGCUCCGCUGGGAGUGCUGGUUGUGGGGGAGGGUGCUCCCGGAGCAGUGUAAGGUAGUGCCUGGUAGGGUACGCACUGAACUCCGACUGAGGAAGGUGGAGCCUCUGAUCUGGCCAGAGUAUGAGAUGACUGCUGCUCAGAGACGAGUUGCUAUUGCCUCUGGUAAAACGUCCAAUCAGAUUCAAGCAGCUCCGAUCCCACCGUCCAAUCAGAUCAGUCCAUCUAUCAAUUCAGUAUCAAAUUCGUCAGUCUCCAAUCAAGUGGAAUCAAUAACGCAUCAAAUCAACGAUCUUAACUUGGACACUGUCAGCAUAUCAUCUGAGAAUCAAACGAAAGAUUCAUCAAAUCAACUUAACACUGUCUUAAAGAAAUCAAAUAUCCAUCGGAAUAUUUUUGAGUCUAAAGUUGCAACUCAAAUCGUACCUCCUCCAGCUAUUGUGAAAGUGACAAACCCGUCAAACGAGAUUACUAAACCUAGUAAAACCGGUUUGACCAACCUCGGCAACUCUUGUUUCAUGAGCUCUGUUAUCCAGUGUCUUAGCAACACGCGUGAAUUACGGGACUUUUUCAUCGAUGGUCGAUUUAUUGCCGAUAUAAACAGCGACAAUCCUCUGGGCUUUAAUGGAGAGCUGGCGAAAUGUUUCUAUCAAGUAAUAUACAAGUUAUGGUCGGGCGAAUACGAAUCUUUCCCUCCUAGGAACCUGAAGUCCAUUAUCAGUAAGCGUAGCGAGCACUUCGGAGGCUAUCAACAACAAGACGCUCACGAGUUCAUGUCUUAUCUUCUUGAUGGUCUGCACGAGGAUCUGAAUCGGGUUAAGACAAAGCCGGUAACGGCAGCUGUCGAGGGCAACGGACGUCCAGAUGUGGAGGUAGCAAAUGACAACUGGGAAGUUCACAAGAAGAGGAACGAUUCGUUUCUAGUGGAGAGGUUUCAGGGUCAGUUCAAGUCCACCCUCGUCUGUCCGAUCUGUAGCAAGGUGUCUGUGACCUUUGACCCCUUCAUGUCUCUGUCAGUGCCCAUCCCUCGUAACCUGCGACUCCUCCCAGUGAUGUUUGUACCCUGUGACCCCAACACCACACCCAUCAAGUACACACUAAAGUUGUCAUCAGACGGUAACCUCGAGCUGCUCAAAGCCUCAGUGGCCAGGAAGACGGGUAUACCAAUGACACAGUUGCGAGUGUUUGAGGCGUACAACGGCAAGUUCCAGUCUCUUCUCUCGAGCAACCAUCCAAUCAGCUCCAUCGGAGACGGUGAUGUCAUCAUCGUGUCUGAGGUACUCUCCUCGGCCACAGCAGGGGGGUGUGGUGUGGUGGAGAUGAACGUGAUACAGAGAGUUCAGAUCCCUCUCUUCCCCACCAAGUGCUCAACAUGUGGACGUCUCGCCACUCAACUAGGGGAGGGGCGUAAGAUCAUGAGGUGUGGUCAGUGCAAGGCAGUCGGAUACUGUGACAGACAGUGUCAACAGAAGGAGUGGUCCAGUCACAAGAUGCAGUGUCGUCAUGGGCGACCAGUACCAGUGGGCCUACCAUUUGUCGUCAGUCUACCCUCCUCCACACUCACCUACACGACCCUGACUACAGCUGUCGAGGCUCUAGCACGGAGGUCAGUGAAUGUGACCGAGAGAGAGGCCUCAGGGACGAGUGCAGAGGAUACUGAGGCUGAGCAGGUGUACACGCUAGUACCAGUCGAUCGCUAUGGAGACAGCAAGGACAGUUGUCCACCUCUCACAGAUAAAGGUGCUGAAGUACUUCACCUUGAUGGUCAGUUUCUAGCUAUGGACUGGAGGAACAACCCCAGGGACACUCACUAUGUCAAAGUCACCCCCAAACACACACUAGACCAUGUGGUAGAUCCCUGCUCGGCUACAGAGGUGACCCCUGGUGAUGGUGAUCCUUCCCUACAGCAAUGCCUCGAACUGUUCACUGAACCUGAGCUACUCACAAAAGACGAAGCUUGGUAUUGCUCAUCAUGUAAGGAACACCGAGAGGCCACUAAACAGAUGUCAGUGUGGAGGCUGCCACAAGUGCUCAUUCUCCACCUCAAGAGAUUCAAGUUUAGAAAUAUGCGCUGGAAAGACAAGAUCGAUCAGCUGGUCACCUUCCCCCUCAGUGGCCUGGAUAUGUCUCCGUACAUGUUGGGUGAUGCCGGAAGGACGCUCUCAACAGAAGCCCCACCCAUUUAUGACCUCUACGCUAUUGUCAAUCACUAUGGAGCCGUUCACAUUGGUCACUACACUGCCAUGGUCAAGCCUCCGUGCAGCGAGGGAAAUGAUUGGCUUCGCUAUGACGAUGAGUGCGUGUACCCGAUCACAGAGGGCAAAGUUGAGACCAAAGAAGCGUACAUGUUGUUCUAUGUUCAAAGAGAGCAGAAAUAACUUAAUAACAACAGUGGACAUUGAUUGUGUAUGUGUGUGUGUGUGCUUUCCAUUGGGUUCGUUUUCACUAUAGCUAGCUGCAAUAAUUUUAUAUUAUGACAUCGCCUUUUAUUUAUUUUGUGUUUCGUUUCACUAUAGCUAUUAUGACAUUGCCUUGUACAUC